ACAAGAUUAUUAUGCAUGAAUGCAUAGCUUAAUGUUUGCACUGGCCGAAGAUGAAAAGUACGGCGCCUUUCUCCCUCUACCAUGGCAACUUAAAGGAACAGAAGGGGGGACAGGGGAGGAGCGACGUUUAAAGGUCCAGGUGGUCGGGGCUGCGUAAAAAACGCAUCAAAAACACGCCAAACACUUAUGAAACGAGGAGUGGGCGUCAUUUCAAAGAAGUCGAACCUUGCAGCUCCUGGCACCUCCGUGGAUGGAUAAGCUGUUUUCACAGAAAGCAGCAGAGAUCACCAAAAACGCAGCGAUCGCUCCAGAAAAAAAACGGGCAAAACGGGACCAAACACUCCGGCGUCCGCUCAGAGUUUUUAGUUUGAGCCAAAGGGGGCAAGUUGGCAGAAGAGGAAGACGGCUUGUUUGAGCGAUCAGCGGAGAUAUGUUCAAGAAGAGCAAGAGCAAAGUGCUGGUGGAUUAUGCGUCAGAGGAGGACGACAUGUCCUGGCACUAUCAUCACUCCUAUAAGGACAAAGACAUAGAAGGAGAGGAAGAGGAGGAGGAAGAGGAGGAGGCUGUCAGUCCAAUAUCCAAGGAGGCCAAAGUGAAGAAGAUCAUGUCGAAGAAGGAGAGGAGGGAGAAGAAGAUGUUCUCCUCGAAGGAUGAUGAGCACUUCCUGUUGACCGGGGUCAAGCUGGCCGACCGGAGAGGGUCUCACAAGAAAAACAAGGGUGAUGAAAAGGAGAAGGAGAAGAAGGACAAGCCGGAGAAGAGCCACUGUUUCUGGGAGAGUGUCACCAUGACCAUGAGGCAGAUCUCGCCCACCAAGAAGCUGGAGAAGAUGGAGGGCUGGGAGCCGCCGCACCUCGGGGACAUAACUGAGACUCUGACCGAUGAAGCCCCCGAGGCCAAGAGCCAGACCAGGGACUCGCCCGUGUCCUUCCCCCACUCCCUGGGACUCCCGCUGGGCCUGGCCUCCUGGUCAGGCCGGGGUCUGGAGGAGGACUCUUCCCGCUACGCUAACCUGUCAGACUCCAGGGAUUCCACGGCCGUGAGGUGGACGGCCCUCGCCAAAGGCAAACUGGCCGGCAUCAGCAGGAGGAGUCGGGGGAUUGUGUCAGAAAACUCUUGGGAGGGCUUUAAAUAAUAGUCCCAGCCCUUAGAAUCAAGCUGAGACGCCACCCUGCUUUGCCUCUGUUCCACCAGUCGAGAGGAGUCCAACCAAAUACAUGUUUGUCUUUGAGAAAGUUGCUACUGUCAUCUGAGAUGCAGUAGUAUAGCCUUGAGCAAGACACACGAGGCCUUUCCUUACAUUAUAUCUUCUAUAUUUUAACUUUGUAGAAAACCUUGAAGACAGUUUGUUGACACAGGGUCGCCAUCUUGAAUCAAUGAGAUAGAAAAGCCUCAACACAUGCCUUACACUACUGUACCAUUAAAACUGUUGUAUCCACUGGCUUUUAGACAUUUUAUAUUACUGAAGCAGGAGAACACAGACUUUCAUGGAUUCUUUUUUUUUUUUUUUUUUUUUUUACAGUUGAUCCAAGAGAGUUGAUGAGGAAUGUGCAAACCUACCGACAUGCUACUGCUACUGAAGGCUUUAUAUUAGAAUGUGUCUUUUUUCCCCACGCCUUUCUUUCUAUGCAGUUAAAGCCUAUAAGUGAAGAAAAUGAGUCUGAAGCCUUAAUUUAUAUGUUGUAACAGGCUUGAGUGCUUUGUGCAAUCACGAAACAGACUGAAAUCCUUUGGGGUUUUAGAGCAGUGGUUUCCAGAGUGGGGUCCGGGGACCCCCAGGGGUCCUUGCGGGUCUUCCAGGGUGUCCUCAGCAAAAUGAGGACUUCAAUUUCACUAUAUUUUAAUGAAAUGAAAGCUGCGAUGUCUUUCACAAGCAUUUA